AUGGCUGCAUAUACAAAUUUGUUGGAUAUUUUCAACAAACCUUUGAAUUGUAGGCAUUUAGGCUGUUCCCGGGGUUCGACCUGCCCGGUCAGUUUUGCAUCAUUGUUUCUACCGUCUUGUCUUGCACUGGAAACAACAGUUCCAGCUACUUUUGUUUUUUGGGAUUCUUUGGUUGAUGCUGAUAACAAUAACUACAUUAGAACUAUUGCAAAAGCUAAUUUCAGGCCUUAUGGGAUUGAUUUUCCUGGCGGGGGAUCUACUGGCCGCUUUUAUAAUGGAAGGACGAUAAUCGACAUUAUAGGAGAAGAGAUGGGUCUGAAAGAUUAUAUUUCUCCUUACUUGGCUCCAACUACAGUUGGAGAUGUUGUUCUUCGUGGAGUCAAUUAUGCAUCUGGGGGUGACGGAAUUCUUAAUGACACUGGCGCCAUAUACGGUACAAUAAUCAUGGAUGCACAACUGGAUAACUUCGCGAGUACAAGGGACUACAUAAUCUCAACCGCCUAUGUGAAUGAUUCAUCAAUGGCUUCUUCGAAGAACUUACUCGGGAAAGCUGUUUUCUUUGUUCUAAUGGGUCCUAAUGAUUUCAUUGUCAACUACUUCUCUCCGGUUCCCUCCAUACCUAAGAUGACGAUUUCCCCGCAAAUGUUUGUUGAUUUAAUGGUCUCAAUAUUCAAGCCUUGUAAGAUGAAUUGUCCAUUUCUUGGCUAUUUUGCGCUAUAUACGUAUCUUUGA